UAUUUCUUCUUCACUUCAACACUUCUUCCUCAAAAAAGUAACUUUUUCUUUUCCUCUUUUGUGUCCCUUCAAAUCCCUACAGCAAAUUUAUAUAUUUUCUACUCUUAGUUGAUGGGUCUUCUGCAGAAUCAGCGAAUUCAAAGAUUUGACUUCAACAAUUUUGCUUGAAAUAUGAAAAAUUGAAUUCUUGAAUUUCUCUUAGGGUUCUUGGAAGUUUCUUCAAUGGCGAUGAGAGGAGUUGAUUUUAAAUGGUAUGAUGGGUUCUUCCUGUCAAUGCUGGCUACUAGUAUAAUCAUUGUAGCUAUCAACUGGAAAAGGUACCAUCUUUGUAUAUACCCAUUGCAUAUCUGGAUCGUGGUUGACUAUACAACAGUGUUUGUGUUUCGGCUGUUGAUGUUUGUAGAUAAUGGACUUGCUGCUGGAAUGGGAUUGGAUUUUGGUUGGCAGCAGAGAUAUGGCCGGUUUUGUGGAAGAGUAGCUGUUCUUUCAGUUCUUGCCUUGCUUCUUUACCCCUUUCUUUGGGCUUGGACCAUCAUUGGGACGUUAUGGUUCACUAGUGCAAGAAACUGCCUUCCAGAAGAAGGCCAAAAGUGGGGCUUCCUAAUAUGGUUGCUGUUCAGCUACUGUGGACUCAUGUGCAUAGCUUGCAUAUCGACAGGGAAGUGGUUAGCUAGAAGGCAAGCCCAUUUAUUACGCGCUCAACAAGGAAUUCCUAUUUCAGAAUUUGGGGUGUUAGUUGACAUGAUCAGAGUGCCAGAUUGGGCAUUUGAAGCUGCUGGCCAGGAGAUGAGAGGGAUGGGCCAAGAUGCUACUUCAUACCAUCCAGGACUUUAUUUGAGCCAAGCUCAGAGAGAAGCAGUGGAGGCACUCAUUCAAGAACUUCCUAUGUUCAGGAUGAAGGCUGUUCCUACGGACUGCAGUGAGUGCCCUAUCUGUUUGGAAGAAUUUGACGUCGGAAAUGAGGUCCGUGGUCUCCCUUGUGCUCACAACUUUCAUGUUGCGUGCAUUGAUGAAUGGCUUCGCCUAAACGUAAAAUGCCCUAGAUGCCGUUGUUCUGUUUUUCCAAAUCUUGAUCUCAGUGCUUUGUCAAAUAUCCGUGCUGAUCUAGAAAGAUCAUCAACCAACAUUGUGACAGCAGCCCGGUAUGUGAGAUCCCAACCUUCUAGCCAGAGCUAUCUGCUGAGGUUGCAAGGUUUUCUCCGUCCUGUGCGCACAGAGAAUGCUGGUCCAAGCAGUGAGGAAAAUGCAGCUGCUCAAUCAAGAGUUGAGAACGGAGCCCCAACAUCAGCACCUGACAGCGAUGGAAAUGUAGAACAUGUUGAAGUCGUGGUGGAGCAUUCUCCAAGACAGCUGUAACUAUUUGUUCAAAUGUUCUAACUUUGCAGGCACUGAUAAUUUUUGUCAACCUCUAGCCAAUGUUGAGUGUUGUAGUGGCUUCUAACAGUAAUUAGAUUGCUAAACAUUAGUGUAUGAGCCGAUGGAAGGAAACAUCUGUUUUUGGCCUGCUUGUUUUGAUGUAAAUUUUGAAGUGAUCACUUUGAUGCAUUGCGGUGUCCUUAAUUCACUUGAAUAGAAUUCUGUCUGGCCAAUUCACUCCAGACCCAACUCA